AUGUUUCUUCGCAAAGCACUUGCUCUUGUUGGCCUUCUGGCUACUGGUUCACUUGCUGCAGUGGCUGGGCUUAAAAGUCGUCAGACUGAACCCUCUAACUUCAAACUCUACGCCUAUGGUGGUGACGAGGUUGGUGGCUACGAGAUCUUCUACGCUGAUGGACUUGCCUAUAUUGGCAACAGUUCCGCAUUAACCACCGCUACCGAGGCGACAGCAGUCAACUUUACUGCAAGCUCGGAUGGCGUCUGGACUGCCACUCCCGCAAGCAACGUGUCUUGGACCUCCCAGACUUUCUUCGUGUCCAACACGACUGGUGAGAUUGGUUUUGUCGACAGUACCAACUCUAGCUCCGACAUCAUUACAUCGGGCUUCAUGUUCUAUGGCAAAUUCGCUUUGCUCACUGUUAGAGAUCAUAUGGAGGCUGCGUGGAAUGCAAAGAAGACGGAUGUCGAGGACGUCUGGAGCUUGGGUUGGGGCAGUGUCGACGAGGACAGCACCGUCAAACCCAUCGUGCUCAGGAGUGAGGCCCCAAUGCAGAAGCCAGCCAACGCCACUAGCUGA